UUCGGGGUUAGGUGCUUUUAUAACACAAAAAUAUUCAAAAUUUCGCAUUCUGAAGUAAUAAUGAUGCAAUUAAUUGAUUUAAUUGGUUGUUAAGUCUUUAACUGAACGUUUUCUAGAGUGGUCUUGCUCCAACAAUUGUAAUUAAGGGUAUUUGUGAUUUGUAUUCAAUUCACGAUUUUAUUAUAAAAAAAGUACUGGCAUUUUUCCAAACACACUGGUAUAAAUUGUAAGCAGCUUUAAUCAAGUUCAGAUUUGCAUGCAGUUCUGUGUUUAAAAACCCAUUCAAUAGCUUGUCUUAAGGCCCGCUCCUUGCCGCUAUAAUUCCACUAGAGGGCGUUUUGCAAUUUUUCAAAAAAGCGAAUUUAUUGCUUCAAUUUUGCAUUUUUAUUACUUCUUGUUUUACAAUUAAGGGAAAAAUGUUGCGGAGUGUGGUGUUAAGUGCUCGUGGCUUUCACACAGCUACUUGCUGUAGUGCAAAAAUGGGGCGCGUAAUGAAAAAAAUUUUGGGUCAGUCUUCGAAAAAAAAAAAAGUCUUUUCCGAAGUGGGAAUGCUCCCAACUGUGGAAUCAUUUAGUAAAGGAAGUCUGGAGGGAAAGUUUUCAGGGAAUGCGCGUCGCGUUUCUGUCCUAAAUAAAUUAUUUAUGAGGCAUAUAACGGACCUGAUCGCAACAGGGGAGUAUUCCUCGGAAUUUGAAGGGCACGAAAUUGAAAUAAAUAGGGUCCAAAUUGCUCCCGAUUACAAAGGACUGAACGUUUUCUGGGUUGCCAAAGGCACACAAGACGACGAAGUCGUCGAGAAAUUGUUGAAGAAAAACGCUGGGUUUUUAAGACACGAACUGUCGUCUCUUCGGGUCAUGGGGGCUGUCCCUAUGAUACAUUUCGUAAAAGACAAACACCAUGCAAAAAUUGCUGAACUAGACAUAAGGUUAGCGAAAGCUGACUUCGGGGACGAUCACGUGCCCACCGAAAUGGCAGCAAAACUUAAAUCGCAGUUAGAAUUAUUCACUUCGUUGCCCUCCAAUGUUAAGGAACAAUUGCAAAAUGUUGAAAAUGAACUACUUGAUGAAAUUAUUGAAGAGGAAGAAUUGCCUCCAAUGCCUCAGGAUGUCCUAGGACUAGAUCGCUCACAAAUUUUAAAUAGGAUUAAACGAAACAUGAAGAAAGCUGCAGCAAGUCAUAGAUUUACAACUGAAGAAUCGGAUUUAGAGGCGCACUCUGUUAACGAAAAUCCGAUCGAAUAUGCGAGUAAUAAGGAACGUAGAGCGGCUUUUAAAAAUUUCUUAGAGAAGCGCGAGUUGAUGAGGUCCAAGGAACGAAAGCUUAGUAAGAACUAUCUCCCUGAUAUUGAAUAUAUCAGAGAAGAGUUGGAGGAAUGUUCGGCUGAACAGUACAAAAAUUUAGAAACGUUUGACGAAGAAGAAGACUAUAUUAUUGAAGAUGAAGAGAAAUAAAUGUCUAUCAAAAGAAAA